AUGGCUGAAGAACUUUCCAACCUAUAUGAGGAACUAUGUAUUACGGAGGAGGAAAAGCAAGAAGUCCUUAUCCCGACAGAAGAAGCACUGAUAUCCAUUGAAAAGAGUAAGAAGUGUUUGGCUGCUCAUGUAGUAGCGGACAAGGAGGUCAACAGAGGAGCCUUACGAACAACGAUGAGCAAAGUAUGGAAAGUAGAAGGCCAGGUAUCAUUUAAGGAGCUUGGUUGUAAUAAGUUCCUUGUAGAGUUUCAAAAUCCUUUGGAGAAAAAUCGAGUUUUAUCCGAGAGACCCUGGUCUUUUGACAGGUAUUUGAUAUGUUUAUUUAAUUGUGAAGACUGUCUAGCACCGAGGGACAUUUUCUUUAAUGAAGAACCAUUUUGGGUUCAACUCCAUGAUCUGCCAUUUGCUGGCAUGAAUAGAACAAUGGGGGAAAGACUGGGUGCAGCUGCGGGUAAUGUGGUAUUAGUGGAUGUAGAUUCAAGUGGAAUGGCCUGGGGAAGCUUCCUCAGGGUAAAAUUGAUACUUGAUAUCUCUAAGCCCCUUACUAGUGGUAGAUUCAUUAAUUUGGGAGGAAAGCGCUACUGGAUUCCUUUUAAAUAUGAGAGGCUGCCAUUAAUUUGUUUCCAUUGUGGUGCUAUUAAACAUGCUGGUCUCUCUUGUCCGAGUGGUAACCAACGUGAAGGAGUUGCACCUCAGUAUGGCUCCUGGCUGAGGGCUAACUCCCAACAUAGAAGCUUUCAACAUUUCAGCAAAAAAAGGGGGGGAAUUCGAACACUCAAGCAGUUGGCGCCAAAAUAA